AUGCAAGAGUUAGAUCAAUGGAAGGAACAUAUUUCUCACCUGUUGAAUGUCGCAAACGAUUACAUUCGUGAAAUUCCCACUGAUCAACUCUACGCCGCUGCUGCUAUCGCGGUUUUCACAACCCUAAUUCUUCUCCUGCUUCGGUUUUUUAAGCGCAGCAAGCCUAACACCAUUGUGUUAACGGGACUUAGUGGGAGUGGGAAAACCGUUCUCUUCUAUCAGCUUAGGGAUGGCUCUACACAUCAAGGUACUGUUACGUCAAUGGAGCCGAAUGAAGACACUUUUAUUCUUCAUGGUGAAGCAACGAAGAAGGGAAAGAUAAAACCGGUUCAUAUUGUUGAUGUUCCCGGACAUUCUCGUCUUCGACCCAAAUUGGAUGAGUACUUGCCUCAAGCAGCUGGCACAGUCUUUGUUGUUGAUGCUUUGGAUUUCUUACCAAAUUGUCGUGCUGCCUCAGAGUACCUAUAUGAUCUGUUGACUAAGGGAAGUGUUGUGAGGAAGAAGAUUCCACUGCUUAUUCUCUGCAACAAAACCGACAAAGUCACUGCUCACACCAAAGAAUUUAUCUGCAGACAACUCGAGAAAGAAAUUGACAAAUUACGGGCAUCAAGAAGUGCAGUUUCAGAUGCCGACUUGACAAAUGAGUUUACUCUGGGUGUUCCUGGUGAGCCAUUUUCGUUUAAACAAUGCUUGAACACAGUUACAACUGCAGAUGCUUCUGGCUUAACUGGGGAGAUAUCUCAGCUAGAAGAGUUUAUCAGACAACAUGUGAAGCCAUAG